UUUCCUUGUACAAAUAGAAGUUUCAAUAUCUUUCGUCUUCGGCUCUUCUUCUUAGAGUCUUCAAACGUCAGUUUGAUCUGUAAAACCAAACAAACUCCGGUGCCUGAUUGUCUUGAGGAACCGGACACUGUUUGUCCCACCGGAGACUCGUAAUUCCCCAGCUUUCUGCCUGUCCAACGGCCAGGUUGCACAUCGGAGUGGCCUGAUGUGAUUAGGAAUUCCAGCAAUCACAAAGUUACUGCAGAGAAAAAGAGUGUUGUUUACAAGAAUAAAACCUUAACCGCACAAAAGCACCUACCUAACCGCCCAACAGAAAUUUCUCGUAUCAGAAAUUCCUACCUCCCCUAUCUCUCUCUCUCUCUGGCCAUCGCUAUCAGCUGUUCUUUAUUCUUCAAGCUUUCGGUUUUCUUAAUGCCUGGUUUUCCUCUUUAUUCUUUUUAGUGUGUGUAUAUAUAUAUAUAUAUGAAUACACACAUAUAUACACACUAGUGUCAUACAAGAAUCCACAUUUUUCUUGUUAUUGUUCUUUUUGUGUAAUAUAUACAUACUGGUGAGAGAUGUAUAAACUGAGAAGCACGUCAAGAGGGCGCCGAAUAUUCUCGGAUCAAGAGGGAAACAAACGUGGGAAAAAAUUUGGCAGGCUUAAGAAUCCGGAUAAUCCGGAUGAUGGCUGUGAUCAGGAGGAGGGCGGUGAUCGCUAUAAUAUUAGUCGUCCGAGCAGGAGCAGCAACGCUUCGGUCCAGUCGGAGAGUUCUCCGGCUCCUGACUACGACGUCACCGACCCUCUAAUGGUGUUGGACAACAGUACUUCUGGUGCUUACGAGCCUUCGACGACGUCCACGUCUCCUUUAACCGAGUCCCCAUGGUCAUGCCACAUGUGGUCUCCUCAUCCUGAUCAUGAUCAGCAUAAUCCUUCCUCAGAUGUCUCGGGCAACGCACUUCUCGGCUCGCUGGUCCGGGAAGAAGGCCAUAUAUACUCAAUGGCAGCCGCAGGGGACUUGUUGUAUACUGGGUCCGAUAGCAAGAACAUCCGGGUCUGGAAGAAUCAACGACAGUUUUCUGGGUUCAAAUCGGAUAGCGGGUUGGUUAAAGCAAUAGUCAUUGCUGGGAAGAGGAUCUUUACGGGUCAUCAAGACGGGAGGAUCCGAGUGUGGAAGAUAUCAUCGAAGAAUCCAAGCGUUCACAAGCGUGUAGGGACGCUUCCAACCGUGGGAGAUUAUCUCAAAAGCUCGAUGAAACCAAAGAACUACGUGGAAGUGAGGCGUCACCGCAGCGUAGUAUGGAUCAAACACUAUGAUGCCAUCUCGUGCCUUAGCUUGAGCGAAGAUAGAUCUCUACUCUAUUCAGCUUCUUGGGACAAGACUUUCAAAGUCUGGCGAAUCUCAGACUCCAAGUGCUUGGAAUCAAUCAAUGCUCAUGACGACGCCGUGAAUACCUUGGUAGCGGGUUUUGACGGCUUAGUGUUCACUGGCUCUGCCGAUGGUACCAUCAAGGUUUGGCGCAGAGAGGUACAAGGGAAGGGAACGAAGCAUUUCUUUUCACAAACGUUGUUGAAGCAAGAGUGCGCGGUGACAGCAUUGGUUGUUGAUCCUGAAGGCACCUUAGUUUACAGCGGCUCAUCGGACGGGCUUGUUAACUACUGGGAGCGCGAGAACUCUCUUUCGCACGGCGGGGUAUUGAAAGGCCAUAAACUGGCAGUUUUGUGCUUAGCCACGGCUGGGAAGCUUGUAUUAAGCGGAUCAGCAGACAUGGGGAUAUGUGUGUGGAAGAGAACGACGAGAUUGGAGGGAUCAGAGCACACAUGCUUGUCGGUGUUGACGGGUCAUACCGGGCCGGUCAAGUGUUUGGUCGUGGGAAAGGAUCACAAAUCAACGGCCAAGGAGCAGCAGCGGUGGAUUUUGUACAGUGGCAGUUUGGACGAGUCCGUGAAGGUGUGGAAGGUUUCGGAGGAAGGGCCAAUAACCAUGGAACAGAAUAUUGAUAAUCAAGUACGGCACAACGGUACUCCGGUGCUCCCUUUGAAGUCAGCCCCAAGCUUCUCCAACCGCGCAUGAUGGUAUUUGAAGUACGUACGUGUAAAGUACCUACUGUGUGAAUUUGAUAUCCGAUAUUGUCCCCAUGCAAUGCAUGCAUGCUGUCACAUAAGACUGGCUUAGCUAGCAGCUUCACAAUAUAUUUGAUUCGUUUUUUUUUUU